AUGUAUCCAUGGUCAACAAUUCAUCAGGAAGACUUGUCCGACGAUUCAGCGUUUGAGGGUGGUUCUGAAGACGAGGAGAGCAGCGAGAAUAUAGAAGAGGAUGAAGAUGCAAGCGAGUAA